UGUUUUAAAGUUUGACUUCCGGGGAAAAUGGCCGUACCAUUUGAACAGAUCGUGUAAUUGUGCCAUGGUGUUAUUCGCGGCCCUCAACGCGUCGGGCUCAUCGUCUUCAUCGGACGAUGAAGAUGAAGUGAAGCUAUCGGAGGAAGCGUUGGAAACUGAAGCUUUCUUGCUUUACAAUCGAGCCUUGGGGUAUUUAGCCUCAAAGAAUGUAUCAGAGGCAAAAAACCUAUUUUUAAAGAUUACUUCUCACCCAUUCGUUGUUAAAAAUGAUUCCCAACUGUCGAAACUUCCUGAUGGAUCUUUGCACCCAUCACGUCAUAUGAAAUAUGCUGCAUUGAAAAACCUUGCUCAGAUAAGCAUCGAAAACGACGAAGAUCACGAACAAGGGUGUGAAUACUAUCUGCGAUGCUUGGACAUCGAUGCGACCGAUGUUACUGCGUGGUACAAACUGGGGAAUGCCGCGCUGAAGCUCAAGAAUUUUCCUAUGGCUGCGGAAGCAUUUCAUGGUGGACUUGUAGUGAAUCCAAAACAUUGGUUGUGCCUGGACUCUUUACUCGUAGUUCGCUACGUUUUAGCAGAUGAUGUAGGGUGUUUACAAUUGGUUGCCGAUGCUCUUUCGCGCGAUCCUAAUUAUACUCGGGCAUUGCUACUCAAGAAAAGAAUUCUCGGCCACAGCACCUUGCUGCAAGAAUCGUGGGACGACUUGAAAGAAAGAUUUGCGAUUGUGGAUGGUGAAGGUGUUGAGAAGGCAGAUGAAGAAGAAUUGGACGUUCAGCUGAAAGAACUGAUUUCACAGCACUUGGAAUAUUGUGCUCCGAAGCCAGAAGUUCUCCCGGAACCGAUUCAGAUUUCAUUACCAGAAUCUCACGGACCCUCGUGGAUGCGGCUGGGAGAUUCUCUUUGUAAAACCUUCGCCUUUAUUGACAAGUGCUGGCUUCAAGUCGAUGUGCUGGAUUGGCGUGACGCUACGGAUGUCGCCAUAUCGAAUUUAAUGGUCUCGCUGAUAGCAAAUGAAAACCCCUCCGAAGAGGAUCCAGAAAAGAAAGCAGAUCUCACGGAUUCCGCCUUGAAAGAAGUUCAGAAGAAAGCAAAGAAACGUCCAAGAACCUCAGAACUCUCUCGUCUCGAAGAAUGGGGGUUUGUGAAACGCCGUUCAGUUCGUUCAGGCGCAUCAGCUGCCAAGUUUGCCCAUCUUGCCGCAUUCAACCGGAGUAAAUCCCAAGUCGGAGUCAGCUUCGAAGAGCUCUUGGCCGAGUUUCUUCCUCCAUCAUUGCUUCAGCUUCCAAGUGCAGUUCGUGAAAAAGAAGCUCUAUCAUCAGAAUCAACAUUGUGCAGUGCGGAAACGUCACAAUUGUCGGAAGCAGUGUGUUCAGCGUCAAAUUCUGGGGAUGAAUCCAGUUUGUCUCGUGAACCGCAAUCGGAGGUAAAAGAACGAUUGAAACACCUCACAUCUCUGAGAAACUUCUUGCAUGACAUGCAAGGUGAAGAGCUUCAUGCAUUCCUCUACAAAUGGUGCAUCAGUGUGUCGAAAGAUGAAAACGUUUGGGAAAAGGGUCUUCCGCAAGUGUUCCUCAAAGUUUACGCGAAAGCUCGUGAAUGGACCCCACAUUACGUACGAACGCUGAACUCGAAAGGGUACGAAGACGAAGUCUACAGAAGCUUUAUUUCCGACGAUUCUUGGUUGACCUUGAAAGCUGCUGAUCUGUUCGCCGAUCGCCGGCAAUUCUGGGCAUCAGAUGACAGAAACACUCAAAAUCAUGAGCAGCCAGACACUGAUUUUCAUGAUGAUGAAUUCGAGUCACUCAUCAUGGUUCUGGCCAGUAGUAAAUUCAUUUCCCGUUGGCCGGAAUUUUACAUUCGACUCUGCGUGCUCCAGGUGCGACUCGCAAUUAUCUCUGACCGGAUGAACGAUGCUCUCUAUUAUUUGGAACUUGUCAAGGAGUGGCUCGAAAAUACCGACUCAGUGGAUAUAAAACUUCCCAACUGCUUCUUUUUUCAAUCAGUGGACAAAGCCAGCGUGGAAAAGCAAAUCGCGGAACUGGGUCAGCAGCAGAGCCUCACGGGAAUCAUGGACUUGUAUGACAAAGGGGACUUUUCCGGGGUUGUGGAUAUAUUGUUGCCCACCUUAACUAAGUCGAGUUCGAGCGUAGGCAUAGAAGCCAGGAUAAAAGACCUAUUGGAUCGUCACUUGUUACUUCAAAUCACUGUUGAUUCGGUUGUGCAACUCAAGGAAUAUCAAAAGCUUUUCGAAAUUGCGCCAAUAGUUCUUGAAGAAUGUUUGCGGAAUUUCGAAAGCGUGGACGAAUCCGGGAGUCAAGGAAAAGACGAAUGGUCAACAGCAUUAGUUUACGUCUUGGAAGUCCUCGACAGCGUUCUUUUCAAUGAAGAAAACGUUCUGUGUGGUAUUGAUGACUCAUCACUUGCGGCAUUAGGACGUGCCUGCACGAAGGUGAUCCAGAUGAAUUUCGACUUCGUCAAUAACUCCAAGAAUAUCAGCACAAGUGCGGAUAGGAGAAAGAUGUUGCUGAAAACCUUAACUCCGUGGGGAAUUCUCCAUCGUUUAUGUGUUCAUGGUGAACAGGAAAUCGACAUGGAGAAUGUCCCAGGCUCUGUGUAUCUUCUCGUCACUGCGCACGAAUGGUUAGGAAGACAUGCUUGGUGCUGUAACGAUGGUGGAACAUUGCUGCUGCUUUUGAUCGAAGUCAUCUCGAAGCUUCCUGAGGCACUGAAGGCAAAAGACAGUUUGUUGGACAGGGCGCUAGAACAAUGCUUUUUCUGCCUUUACUCGUACCCGUCGAAGAAAACAAAGGCAAAACAUUUAGCGGAUCACGGGGUGAACGGAAUCGAGUUGACAUGGGAUCGUGCUGUUGAUUUAUAUCGUUUUGUGGUUCCUGAGGAACUUCCAGAGUUCGAUAGUUACAGAGUUAGCACAAUUUCUGCGGAUUUGGAGGCAUUGUUGAGAAGAAUUGCGUCUCUUGCUGAUGUGAAAAACGAUCCUGCGACUUAUUGCUCAGAUUUAGAGCGUUACAUUGACGGAGAAGGUGGGAAGGUUUACGUGAUGAUCCCUAAGAAUGCAUUGGUGGAAAUGCGACGGAUGCCGGACUUGUUCUUCUUUCUCGCGGAUUACUAUUUGAAGAGCAAAGAGUGGAACAAGGCAGCCAAGUAUUAUUUAUAUGAUUCUACGAUUAAUCCAAUGCGGAUGGAUUCCUGGGGUGGACAUGCGUUGGCCAGAACCGGAGCUUUGGAGACUAAAUUGAAUUCUUGUCAACCGAUCAAGCAAGAUAAAAGUAUUUUCGAGAGGACGUCUGCUGCUCUGAGGUGUUUUCAUAGGACGUUGCUUUUGGAUAAGAAGAAUGUCAAGAUGUGGAUAGAGUUUGGUUCUGUGUCUUACAUGAUGCAUUCUCAUGCGUCUAGGCAAUUGAAGUUGGACUCAUCAGUUGAACUGGGAAUGGAUAUGUUGACCUACUUGGAAAAGGAAAAAGAAAACCUCCUUGCGAAGGCAAAGCAUUCAUUCUCUACGGCGAUGAAGCACGUGGAAUCUCAAACUCCCGAAGAAUAUGACGGUUGGGACGAACGUUGGCUCCACUAUUUUAUGCUCGGUAAAAUAAUGCACAAGUUCCGAGCACCUGUCCACGAUUGUCUGGCUUAUUUCCACUAUGCGUCCGAGCUGCUGCACGAAGUCGGAGCCACUUAUCCUAAGAAGAUAAGUUACAAUUCCCCGUUGUUCUUGUCGCUGGAGGCCCUUGAAGUCUAUUACCGCAUCCACGCAACGUCUCUAAAGCAACUCAUGAUGUGGGAGCACAACAUUUUCACUGACGACUACGAAGAGCAAGUCAAGCACAUGCGAGAGAUUUUGCAGAUACAAGAAAAAUCUGGGUUCGCUAAAGCUGAUGCCUCGGUUUUUAAACACGACGAAGAACCCGUCAUUUCCGGAGUUAUUGAUUCUAUACUAGAGGACGUUGUGAAAGAGUGUGAACCUGAACUGAAGCCGAGGGAUCCCACUAGUCUCGAGUGUGCCGUUGAGCGACAGUGUUUGGUGCAGAAGUGCUUGAAUGCGAUGAAAGAGUGCGUUUCACGAUUUCCGCAUCACUAUAAAUCCAUUUUCCGAUGCGCCCAGUAUUAUUCGGAUUCGGCGCAAAGCAAAGAUUUCUGCAAAGCCAGGAAUAUUUUGCUGGGCAUUCCGGGAAGGAUUUCGGAUUGGACCAAGUACCCGUACAUGCCUGGUCCUGGGCUUUUCGCCGAGCGGAAACGAAACAAUCUUUUCAACGGCAUCUGGCGGAUCCCGAGCAACGAGGUGGACCGCCCCGGCAGUUUCGCUGCCCACAUGGCCCGCAGCGUGAGCCUGCUCAUUGAAAACUGCGUCCAGCUCAAAGACUACUCCACUCUUCUCACCACUGCUGCUCAGCUCGCCCGGAAACCCGAAGCCGACAAAAUGUACUUGUACGAGACUGAGCGGAAAAGCUUGUCGGGCCAUGCCUUGGAAAUGAGUUUGGUCGUGCUGCGCGAGAAGGUGAACAGUACCCUGGAGUCGGGGAGUGACGCGGCGAAAAGGGACGUUUUGCUCGAGGUGUACAAGGCCAGGUCGAGGGCGUCGAAACAUCCUGUGCCCUACCACGGGUUCUCGCCAUUGUUGAUUGAGGCGUACGUGGGAUUCUGUGGUGGUGGACUUGAGAACGCCAGUGGACCAGCGAUUCUUGAAGAAGCAACUGCGUUCUGCGCUCCUCUGGUUGGCGAGGUUAAAGAGGAUAUCGAGCCUGGCGACAUGAAGAGGAAAAGGUUGCAGAAGAACAAGGAGAAAGAAGUGAACUCUGUCAAUGCCGCCGGAGUUGAGGAGCAAUUACCCGUAAUGGAUGCCAACUCUGGCUCUGAUUCGGAUGUUCCUGCAGAAAUUCCUUUGUCCCCUGUUUCGAGAGCUUCGUCUCCAGGCGAUAAUUAUGUACCCGGCAAGAAGUUGCCAAUUGCUGUUACAGAGGCGCCAACUUCCAAGAAACGUGGCUCCAAGCGAGGUGGACUGAUGUCAAGGAAAGCCUCCGGUGUGGUGAAACGAGCAAAAACGACGUCGUCGACGAAUUCGGAAGUUGUCGUUCCGCCGCCUCCAGCGAUAGAAACUCCGCAAUACGACAUGAACCAGUUGUUCAACGCCUGGGCAGCUGAAUUUCAAGCAGCGUCGAUUUUAGCUGGACCCCUGGCUCAAGAAGCGCUGAUGAUGUCGGGACUGAGUGCCAUGUACCCGUCUGGGUUUCCUGCGAUGCAACCAAUGAAGCCUAUGGGGUCGCGUGGAAGGGGCAGAGGAAUGACGAGAGGAGGAGAUUCGACUCGAACCAGAGUUCGUCGGCCUCGUGGUUCCCGAAUGCCUUCAGUCUCUGUCCGUCCCGUUUUGGCGACACCUUCGCAGUCUGGAAACAUUCCCAUGACGUCAAUGAGGGGACGUCCGCGUGGGACAAGGAUGAGGAUGCCGAGGAGAGCCCCGGUCAUUGAUUUAACGGAAAAUCCCAUGGCUCGUGGUCCUUCGUCGACAGCAGACGAACCGCAGAUCUCUUCAAAAUUGAAUCCUGAGUUAACUAUUCGUCCUGUGAGCCAGCCUGUGCUAAGCAGCCGUGUCCCACCGCCCAUGCAAAGUUCCAAAGUUGUUCAGAGAAAUUCUGUGAUGUCUGAGCUUGCCAGGCGGCCGGGACUGGAAAUCCUUCAAAAUGCCGGCAACUUGGGUGAAUUGAGUCGACUCUCAGAGAUUCAAAAAGCUUUUUUAGACGCCGCGCAGGAAAAUAAGUGAUAUGUAAUUAUAAUUUUUGGGCCCAUUGCUGUGAUUCGGUGUGCUGUGCGUUUAAAAUGAAUUUUCAUGGUUUUUCUUCCA